AUGGAUAUCCCUCCUAUUCCAGAUAAUCGACCUCGGCCUCAUCGCUCCCAUCACUCGUCUUCAAUACUGUCGGAUGUUCCCACAAUCCAAGUUUCGAACCAGGAGCAAUCAGUCACAACGUUUGAAACAUCUAGUCAGAAUUUCUCACUGGAUGAGCAAUGCCGACCGGCGUCAAGCACGAGUGAACUCAGGUCUCAGCCAUCCGUCAAAUCGCUUAAUCGCCAAUACACAAUAAACGAACUCCCCGUUCUCCAAGAAACCAAUCCCUACAAUGGAGCCGAAGAAUUCAAUACAGUCAACGAGGAAGGAUCCUUCGAUCUCGUCGCUCCAUAUGAGGGCGACGGAAUUCCUCUUCACAGCCUCGAGUGUCAAGCCGAUUUGAUGUUCUCUGCGCGACACAUGGUUGCGAUUCUGUCAAAUCCGCGAUACUUGGCGCGCUUUCGGGACUUUUUGGCUGAAGAGCGUCCACAGUCGAUACCUACAUUAACCUAUUACCUCAAUGCAUGCAAAGCACUCAAAGCCAUCCAGUAUGCGAACGCUUUAAUACGACUAUCAGUUGAUAUACCUACCGCUGGUGUCAAGCAGUCCAGCCCCAUCGGCAUUGUCGAGAGUCCUGCUCUUGAAAAGCGCGUACAAGAUGCACUGAUUGCGCUGACAGCGGAAGAACUACCGGACUUCAUUACGGCAACCUGUAUCAAUAUAACCAGUAAAGUGGUCGAAGAACGGAUACGUGGAACGCUCCCAGAUCGGUUCAGAGGAACGGCGGACGCAUUGGCCGAGGUAUUUUGUUUGACGGAUCCUUCGCGCCCGGAUAACCCGAUCAUCUUUGCUUCGGAGGGUGAGUGUUUCCUCGGACGAGGGAUGAUUAGAUUUCGCGAGUACUGA